UGAUGCUGAAUCGAUCCAGCAAUUCAUUGUUGUAGCAAAGAACUUCCCAGCUCAAAUUUAUCAAACCACUGCAAGCAACUCUUGGACAUGAUUCUUGUCUUGCUGACACUGGCUGCUGUAGCCAAUGGUUUGCCAGACUGCCCCGCUGACUAUAAAGACAUGGGAGGAUGUAAUGAUUGGGAGGCAUUGGGAUUUUGCAGUCCCAGCAGUGUUUACAAUGCCUUUAUGGAAUCUAACUGUAAAGCAGCUUGUGGAUUAUGCAAAGCUGCACCUCCUCCACCACCACAGAUUGUAGACGUGGACAUAAAUGCUUGUCUUGAUGCCCACAAUGCCAAGCGCCGUUUACAUGGCGUACCAGGCCUCACAUGGGACGCCGCCUUAGCCGCUGGAGCAGCAGACUGGGCACUCAUCCUUGCAAGGAAUGGCACCUUUGAACACAGUUAUGGUAAUUAUGGCGAGAACUUGUAUUCAAUGUACGGAAGUAAAGAAGGAACAUGUGAACAAGGUGUCAAAAGUUGGUACAACGAGAUCUAUUUCUACGAUUACAACAAUCCAGGAUUCCAUUCCAGCACGGGACACUUCACUCAGGUUGUCUGGAAGUCCACCACCAAACUGGGCGUUGGAAAAGCAACAGCGACAGUAGAUGGUUAUACAAGGACUGUUGUAGUGGCCCGAUAUACUCCUGCUGGCAAUGUACGAGGUCAAUUCCAAGAAAACGUACUACCUCUUCAACAUUUGCACUAUUAAAGUGAAGUCUUCAAUCAGUGUUAUAAUAUCUAAUAAA